CAGAACCGAAAGGCUAGCGAUAUAAAAGCCAACAAUAUGUCGGAACAUUAUCACACGAGCUUACCCCAUAACACGUUUUUACCUCUUGACGCCAAACGUCUUUGAAACUGCAACCUCUCGCUGCCUUGGUGUGGAUGACUAUAAGCAACUUUUCUGAAGGCGAUACCUAUUUGGGAAUGCGUACCGCCGUCAUACACGACACACCCUAUGGGUUCAGCCAGCUCUCUUCACAAGACGACGGCGUAUAUCGACACGCUACUCACUAUCAUAACGAACAACAUGCAGGCAGGAGUCGUCAUGAACAACGAUGGUACCCACACUGGAGUUCGCAGAUUCCAAUGCUGCCGCAGCCGACGGGUUCACUAGGUGUAGAGGAAAAUUAUGAACAAAAGUAUUCACCUCAAGUAUCACUUCAAUCAUAUCCCUCACAUACACCGUCCAGUUCUGAUCCUGUGACCAAUUUGAAAUAUCAUGAUCUCCACUACACCGCCGUCGGGCAACAUGCUGGUCCCGGGUUGUCAACACCGAACGUUCGUAACAACCCUGACUCAAAGAACUUAACAAUCUCUCAAACAUCAGAUCGAGUGGGACCUCCCGUACUCGGAGUCGACCUUACCAUCGCCGAGGCAGAAAGUCGGUUGAGACAGGUCCACAAUCUGCCUGCCGGAGUCCCGCUAAACUUGACUGCAAUACCUGACCCUCCCCCUCCUCAAGUCCACCAGGAUACUUUGGUUCAGAUCGCUAUUUGGUCAAGCCCAUCCAAACGAUUGAUUGCCGCGGAUAUCUAUACUGCUAUUCAAGCGAGGUUCCGCUCUUUUCCUGAAGGUCCAGACCAGCCAUGGCGACGCUCUAUCCGCCAUAUGCUGUCGUUCAAACGAGCUUAUGUGAAGUCCAACGACAAAGACCACGCCGGGCGGCAUUUCUGGGAGCUCGACUUUGACCAUCUCGAUCAGGGGUACAAGCGUGAAAGAAAGCGAGGCGGCGCAGUUCCUAGGAGCCAACGAGGCAAAACUCGGCACUUGAAAGGGGGGGAAUUAUCGUACGAAGAAUCAGGCUUUGACGAAAUACUCGUCGACCAGGAUGAGUUGUACCUCAAAGAAGAAUACUACUCUCCCUCUCCUUCACCGUUGUUGUUUUAUACCGACCCCCUGCCGUCGGACGACAGCUCUGAUACGGUUGUGGUGUCUGCCCAUAGGUCGGGACGGACUCGAUACUCCCGCUCUCAUUCCUACUCCUCUCAGACCGGGCGCCGACCUGCAUCACGACAAAACUCGUCUACUUCUGGUUCCCCCCCAUUGGGGUUUAGUGGUCCGGUUUAUCUGUAUCCGCCUGGAGGGUACCAGGCUGACUUAAAGGAGGCUGUUAUUCCUAUGACCCAGACCUCGCCCCCUCAUCCCAAUAGCCACCGGACCUAUGGCGCCAGCUUAUCGCCUCAGUGUAUUCCAUUAGGUCAAAUGGAUCAGGGAUCAUCGAUGGAAACGCAAUCAAUCUCCAGACGCCGCCCUUUUUGAAGUUCAAAAAGUGAUGGUUUCCACACGAUUCCAAGAAUGGCUAGUUCCACAAUCACUCACGGUUAUCAAGAAGAUCAUCCACUCCUCAGGUUUGCCUAGAGAUAUCCAAUUGUAAAAUAACGACUCGUGCAUUGUUGUUGUUCUGACCUAUGACCUAUGACAUUCUCUUUCAUGAACACGUUUUCGGUUGUUUUGGCUUUCUGUGUAAGUUUAAUGGUUUUUUACUUUCGCUGUAAUUCGUUUCAGUUUAUUUAUUUGAUCAAAUACCGUAUAGUGUAUUCAUUUACCAUUUGUAUCUACACCGCAGACUGGAGUCAGUAAAAAAACCUUCUUUCGUUUCGCGAUUAGUAUAUCAACGAUGGUAUCAGCUCUUCCCAUAUCCCUUUCAAAGCACCCCAGUCGUUUUGCACGACCUUUGCU